CCUCGCGUUAGUUGCUCGUCGCCGCCCGACUCUAACGGCCGAUAGCUCAGUGAUAACUUAUCAACUGAUAACAAACGUACUCAGUGCCAGUAUUCGUACACCUGUGAAGUAAGACAGUGCGCCAAAAUGGUGGCUCAAACCAAUUUGGAAGUGGGCAUGAAGUGCAUUAAGUAUAUGCUGUUUUGUGUCACGGCAAUUUUUGUGAUCACAUCAGCCCUCAUAAUCUCCGUGGGCACGACGAUCUACGCUAUCUACCAUGACGUGUCCUUCUUCCUGGACCCUCACUUCUUCUCGCCGGCCACGCUGGUUAUCGUCAUUGGGGUUAUGAUGCUGUUCAUCUCCAUGUUCGGGUGUGUUGGGGCGUGGAGGGAGAGCACGUGUUUGGUUAAUAUUUUUGCAGUAAUCCUGAGCUUGGUGUUCAUCCUGGAAGUCGCAGCGGCCAUCGCUGCCUACAGCCUCCGCUCUCAGGUCAUCGACAUGAUGGAUGACCGCCUGCGCAUCGCCUUGCCUUACUAUUACGACAACCAGGAGGUCACGGAUGCCUUCGACUUCAUUCAGAACAGGCUGAACUGCUGCGGUGUCGACACUUAUUAUGACUGGCAUAUGGUCGAACCACCACAAGGCGCCAACGGCAUCGUUGUCUCUAACAUCACGGUGCCCAACUCCUGCUGCGCUGAGUCCCACUACACUGUGGUCGAAGAUGUCACUGUAGCUGAGUGUACCAAGUUGUUCGCUAAUGGCUGCCUGCCGAGGGUUAUCUACCUAGUUUAUCAAAGCGCUGGACUGUUGGGUGCUGGUGCUAUGACCAUUGCCUUUGUUCAGUUGAUUGGCAUCGUGUUCUCGUUCUCACUGGGCAGCGCUAUCCGCAAAGCGAAGACUGAACGUGAACGCAGGCGUCAAGAGAUCCAGAGCAGCGUCAUCAACUCUCACACCUCACUCAACCCUGAUGGAGAAAAAAUUAAGCCGAUUGUCUAUGUUCCUUUCUACGGACAGACGCAGACCGCGGCAUAAAGAGCUUAUUACACUAU